CUCCCGCCUCUCUUGAAUGAAAAGCGAGCGGCCCAGUGAGCUGAGCCGCACUCGGAGACAGGAAGCGCAACAGCUCGUGUCGGGGCGCGAGAACUGUAACCAGAGUCGGGUGGCUCUCUUCGCAGCACGCGGAGGCGAACAAGGAAUCAGCAGCAUGGCGGAACAGGAUGUGGAAAACGAGCUUCUGGAUUAUGAGGAAGAUGAAGAGCCUCAGGCACCUCCAGAGAGCGCUCCACCUCCCCCCAAGAAAGACGUGAAGGGUUCCUAUGUUUCCAUCCACAGCUCUGGCUUCCGGGACUUUCUGCUGAAGCCGGAGCUCCUGAGGGCCAUAGUGGACUGUGGCUUUGAGCACCCAUCAGAGGUCCAGCACGAGUGUAUCCCACAAGCCAUUCUGGGCAUGGACGUCCUGUGCCAGGCCAAGUCAGGGAUGGGCAAGACAGCAGUUUUUGUGUUGGCCACUCUUCAGCAGAUUGAGCCCGUCAAUGGACAGGUGACGGUCCUAGUGAUGUGCCACACUCGAGAGUUGGCCUUCCAGAUCAGUAAGGAGUACGAGCGGUUCUCCAAAUACAUGCCCAGUGUCAAGGUAUCUGUGUUCUUUGGGGGCCUUUCCAUCAAGAAGGAUGAGGAGGUGUUGAAGAGGAACUGUCCCCAUGUGGUGGUGGGGACCCCAGGCCGGAUCCUGGCACUUGUGCGCAAUAGGAGCCUCAACCUGAAGAACGUGAAGCACUUCGUGUUGGAUGAGUGCGACAAGAUGCUGGAGCAGCUGGAUAUGCGGCGGGACGUGCAGGAAAUCUUCCGCCUGACCCCCCAUGAGAAGCAGUGCAUGAUGUUCAGCGCCACCUUGAGCAAGGAGAUCCGGCCCGUGUGCAGGAAGUUCAUGCAAGAUCCCAUGGAGGUGUUCGUGGACGACGAGACCAAGCUCACGCUGCACGGACUACAGCAGUACUACGUGAAACUCAAGGACAGUGAGAAGAACCGCAAGCUCUUCGACCUCCUGGAUGUGUUGGAGUUUAACCAGGUGGUCAUCUUUGUGAAGUCAGUGCAGCGCUGCAUGGCCUUGGCCCAGCUCCUGGUGGAACAGAACUUCCCAGCCAUUGCCAUCCACAGGGGCAUGGCCCAGGAGGAGCGUCUGUCACGCUAUCAGCAGUUCAAGGACUUCCAGCGGCGGAUCCUGGUGGCCACCAACCUGUUUGGCCGAGGGAUGGACAUUGAGCGCGUCAACAUUGUCUUCAAUUACGACAUGCCUGAGGACUCAGACACCUACCUCCACCGUGUGGCCCGUGCGGGUCGCUUCGGUACCAAAGGCCUGGCCAUUACUUUCGUGUCUGACGAGAACGAUGCCAAAAUCCUCAAUGAUGUCCAGGACCGGUUUGAAGUGAACGUGGCAGAGCUUCCAGAAGAAAUUGACAUCUCCACAUACAUUGAGCAGAGCCGGUAACCACAUGCCCUGAUGACCCAGAGCCACUCUACUUCCCACGUGCUGCUUCAAGUCCUCUUUCUAGGUGACACUGGGCCUUUCAUUUUACUGUUUAAAAGCUGUAGAUUUGUGCAAGAAUUAAGUUUUUAUUAUGAAA